AUUUAAAAGAAGACAAAGCUUCUCUCACUCACCCCAUUCAUUAUUUUAGGAAACUCACCACUCUCUUUUCCUUCAUGUAGAUAGAUUCUCUCUUUCCGCGUCCUCAACUCGUUCUCUCAACUCAUUCGUGACUCGUCCGAGUCCAACUACCUCAUGGCCAAUAACCCUUCCGACGCACCCGCCGCCGAUGACUUCCUCGAACAAAUCCUCAGCCUUCAGACCUUCGCUUCUGCCGACUCUGGAUUGACCGGACCUGACAUCUCUCUGACGGGAACCUCGCCGAUGAUGCUACAGCUCAACUCCUCCGACGCCAACCAUCACCUCGCCUCCGGAGGUUCCUUUCAUACGCCGGUGUACCAGUUAGGGUUGAGCUUAGACCAAGGCAAAGGAGGGUUUUUGAAGCCGGAGGAAGCCUCUGGUAGCGGGGAACGCUUCCGCAACGACGUCGUUCAUGGUAGACCUAAUAAUGUGUUUCAUGGGCAACCCAUGCAUACAACUGUUCCUGCUGCUCCACAUCCUCCAGCCAUGCGUCCUAGGGUGCGGGCUAGAAGAGGACAGGCUACGGAUCCUCACAGCAUAGCUGAGCGAUUACGCAGGGAGAGAAUAGCAGAAAGAAUUAGGGCGUUACAAGAUCUGGUUCCAAGUGUCAAUAAGACAGAUAGAGCUGCCAUGUUAGAUGAAAUUGUGGAUUAUGUCAAGUUCUUAAGGCUUCAAGUGAAGGUGUUGAGCAUGAGUCGAUUGGGUGGAGCAGGUGCAGUGGCCCCACUGGUAACCGAUAUCCCAUUAUCAUCAGUCGAGGAAGACGGCAGUGAGGGUGGAAGAAAUCGGCCAGCUUGGGACAAGUGGUCGAAUGAUGGCACAGAAAAACAGGUCGCCAAGCUUAUGGAAGAAAACGUUGGAGCUGCCAUGCAAUUGCUUCAAUCAAAGGCGCUUUGUAUCAUGCCCAUCUCACUGGCAUCUGCGAUAUACCAGUCACAGCCACCGGACAGCUCUAGUAUAGUCAAGCCUGAAACUAAUCCACCUUCACAGACCUAGGGGCACAAUCCAUGGACCCCAUCAAAGGGCUCACAGAAGACUUCUGAAACCCACAAAUCAUAAUGUCUGUUUCACACCCUAUAAUUAAGUCAUUGGCAAGCAUCAUGUUGCAAUCAAAGUCAGAUACCAUGACUCCUUCCUUUUUUGCCUUUCUCUCAGCUUUUGUCGAUACAAAGUUUAAUGUCAAUGCCUUAGAAAAUAGAGGCAGACCCAAAUUUCAAGAGGAAGAAAUUGUCAAAAGUUCACUUGAUAUGCUUUUCUCUCUUUUGCUAAAAUGGGUGGAGGGUAGUAGUGGAACAUGAUGAAAGCACUUUUAUAGUGGGGCUUAAUUUGUGUAGUGGGCUGUGGGACCCUUGUAAAAGGUUAUAUUAUAGAAUGGUGUGUAUAUUAUCAUAUUUUAGUAGUAGUAGUGAUUUGAAAUGCAGGGUAGUAGUUGCUUUAACAAUGCUGGGAGGUGCCAUGUCCAGCAGAAAAUAAUUGUGCUUUUUGGUUAUUUAAGGAUAGGGACAACUUUUUCUAUUCUGCCGAAUCAUUAUUGGAUUUUGAUGUAUUGGAUGGAGAUGGAAGGGAACAAGUGUGGGAGCACAUAUCUAUAUCAA